CCUGGGGGCUGAGCCAAUUCCAGCCCCUGUUUCCUCUUUCUGCUGUGGAAGGAAGAAAUCCUUGGAUCAGGAAUCCCUGGGGUGUGUACGGGGGACGUGGAGGCCUCUCCUGUGCCCCCCGUGCCCCGUGACAAUCAGGGCUCAGCACCGCCCCCCGUGUCCCGUGCUAUGAGCGUUCGGCGUGACUUCUCCGCAAGCAGCUGCAAAUGAAAAUGGAGGAUAUGUCUUUGUCUGGCCUGGAUAACAGCAAACUGGAGGCCAUCGCACACGAGAUCUACACGGAGCUGGUGGAGGAUGCCUGCCUGGGGCUGUGCUUCGAGGUGCACCGGGCCGUCAAGUGCGGCUACUUCUUCCUGGAUGACACAGACCCCGACAGCAUGAAGGACUUUGAGAUCGUGGACCAGCCGGGCGUGGACAUCUUCGGGCAGGUGUACAACCAGUGGAAGAACAAGGAGUGCGUGUGCCCCAACUGCAGCCGCAGCAUCGCCGCCUCGCGCUUCGCCCCGCACCUGGAGAAGUGCCUGGGCAUGGGCCGCAACAGCAGCCGCAUCGCCAACCGCAGGAUCGCCAGCAGCAACAACCUGAACAAGUCUGAGAGUGACCAGGAGGACAACGAUGACAUCAAUGACAACGACUGGUCCUACGGCUCUGAGAAGAAAGCAAAGAAGAGGAAAUCGGACAAGAACCCCAACUCGCCCCGCAGGUCCAAGUCCCUGAAACACAAAAAUGGUGAGGGGGCGGGGGGCGGCAGGUCCCUGCCCGAGGCCGAGGGCAGCGUGGAGAACGACAGCUUCGAGGUGGCCGAGAGCCAGGCGCUGAUGAGCCGCCUGCAGUGGGACGGCGCCUCCGACAUCUCCCCCUCCGACUCGGCCUCCUCCAAAGCCAGUGAGUCACGGGGACCGGACACCGCCGGACAGCCCCGGCACCCUCGCGUAUGUCACCCCCUCACGGUCCCCACAUCGCCCGGGGUCCAUCUGUCCCCUCCCCGCCACCUGUGA